UCAGAAAAAAGGCUCUGAAACAAUUGUUUUAAGACUAACUGCUAGUAAAAAAGCAGAGUUCCAAGGCUUUGCUACCAAUCUGUUUUAGAAGGAAUGAAUGAAAAAUAGUUGGGGGAACUAAAGAUCACCAGAGCUAAUAGAAUCAAAAGAGCUGGAAGUAAUAAAAAAAAACACAAAAAAAGUGGUAAAGCAAAUCCUAAGGAGGGAAAGGUCAUUGAAGUUACUGAAAGAUUUAGGAAGCAAGUCAGCAGUUAUUUAGAUCUGGGAAUUGGCAUUGUUCACUCUGCAGAGCACAAAGUCAGAGUUCUUAGAAAAGAGCAAUUUAGCAACUGUGCAACAGGAAAACAAUUUUUUGGUGACUUGUGAAGAAAUAAUCUGUACUAGACUAAGUGAAGUUAAUACAAAUUCUCCAGAGUCAGUCUGGUAGAAAGUGUAAUAAAUUAUUUACUGUUAUCCUUUGGGAUUUUUUUUAAACUUCUCAUUCUAAUUUAUAGCCCCGGAAUUCCUGCUGAUCUUUUAUCAAAAUAUUUAAACAGUCUCCCUUGGCUGAGCUUCCAAGCCCAAACAACACUGUAUGCAGAACACCAGUAUAAUUCUUCCUAAGUUAAGUCAGGUUGGAACAGUUAUCAAUACUUUGAUUAGAUGAUACCAUGAUUCUGCUAGUGCAAUGUGCUUAUGUGUGUUUUUUCUUGAGUAUUCAGAAAUUUCAACUGAUAUUGCAUGUAGGUAUUAUCUAAUAAAUGUAACAGGACCAUACUAUGCCUAUGUUGAAAAUCUGAAAAAUUACCAGUUUUCCACAAAUAAUUGAAAUGGUUGGUUCAAAUCUUUUGAAGCCAUAAAUGGUUAAAUUCAUCACUGUUGCAAAUGAAAAUAUAUAUAUUUAAAAGUACAUACCUGUUCUACACAAUACUUUAUCAUUAAAAUGAACUGAUACAUUGAGAAUAUUGUGAUGAAAAGAUAUACUUCUAAUUUUCAAUUGCUGGCUACAAUUACAGAACAAAACGUAGUGAGGGAGCCUUCUAUAUUGUUCCCAAGCACAAAACAUUAUCUUCGGGGAUUGCAUUUAGCACUACUGUGGCCAUGUUCUUUGAAUUAUUUCAAUGUUUUCAGAAUUUGCUUUGAUUUGUUUCUUAUUUUAUUUCUCUUUCUGCCAGUUUACCCUUUAGGGAAAGGAAAAGCAGAUUAAUUACACUUCCAUUCAAAAUGAUUGGGAAUUGUGAUGUUUGUGAUCCAAACAUGCUGAAUAAUAUAAAACUGAGGAAAACGUUUCUAGGUGAUCUAAGAAAUUUACCCUCUGAUUAGAAGUUUUUGUCCUUUUGUAGCAAAGCUGGAGAUGAGCAGUAUUGAAAUUUGAAAUAGGAAGUGGCUCUGAUCUGUAGUGAGUGUCUUUGCUGUCCUUGUUGUUAGCGCUUGUUUUCCUGAAGCUGCACAGCCAUGGUGAGAAGGAAAAGGCCCAACUUCUUUAGGAAGCCAACAACAGUGAGUGUAUCCAUACUGGAUCUGGAGUAACAUUCUUAUAUUAUCCAAAUGCUGCGCAGAACCUUUUACAAAUUUCAAAAGUCUGUUUUCAGUUUAGGUCACAGGUAAUUGUGACCUGGUAUCUACAUCUACUGACAUCACUCCACUGCACUCAGAGUGAAGUUUUCAAGCCAAGAGAAUAUAGGCUUUUACCAUCAUCCUCAACUUCAGACAACCUUGACCCAGCUCAAAACAUGAAGAUGCAGUUUACAGAAAAGAACCACAACAGUUUUAUGGUACAGGCCCUUAACAAACAAAGAAAGAACAAGGAAUUUUGUGAUGUGGCUCUCAGUGUAGACCAGACUGUCUUCUAUGCCCACCUCAACGUCUUAGCAGCUAUGUCUUCCCAUAUAAGGAGUUUGAUAUCCAGCAAUGAUAUGAAAGCAGAUGACGAACUCUUUAUUAUCAUUGAUGCGAAAUUCAUGAGCUCAGCCUUAAUGGAGGAAUUGCUUGAUUAUUUCUAUACUGGGAAGAUUGUCAUUUCAGAGAAGAAUGUGGAGGAACUGCUGAAGGGAGCCAAGUACUUCAGUUCCCAAACUUUAAAAAGUCACUGCUCUGAUUUCCUCCUCCGGUCCCUCAAAAUGGAGAAUUGCCUCCAAUACAUUCUGAUAGCCACUACAUAUGACCUGAAGGACAUAAGAAAUGCUGCCUAUGAUGGGAUACGAGACAACUUUCAUUAUUGGGUAGGGCCUCAGGGCAUAUCAGAAUUUAUGCAAUGCCCUUAUCAUGUCUUCAGCAGAUUGCUUAAAGAGGAGAAUCUUCACGUGCAAAACGAAGAUCAGAUCUUUCUCGCUCUCCUUCAGUGGAUAAAAUAUAAAAAGAACGAAAGGGAGAAGCAUUUUAAAAAGUGCUUUGGUUAUAUACGUUUAACAGCAGUUUCUACCAAGACACUACUCGCAGCCUGUCGGGAAGUGUUGCUCUUCGCAGACCACACUGGACCUCUGUCCCGGAUAGAGGCUGUGUUGAGUGAACGUAAACAAGGAAAUCUUCAAAGUUUGAUGCUUCAACAAAGGAAGGGGGCACUAGUGGACUCAGUGGUAAUCUUAGGGGGACAAAAAGAGCAGGGUAAAUUCAACAAUGAGGUGUUUGCAUAUGUAAUUGGAGAGAAUAUCUGGAUGAAACUCACAGAAAUGCCUUACAGAGCAGCCGCACUUAGUGCAGCCUCACUGGGGAAAUUCAUUUAUGUCUCUGGAGGAACUACUGAGCAGAUCUCUGGGCUGAAGACUGCCUGGAAGUAUGAUAUGGAUACCAACACAUGGCUCAAACUUCCAGAUCUGCCAGUUGGUCUUGUUUUCCAUACCAUGGUGACUUGUGGAGGCGCAGUGUACUCUAUAGGAGGUAGCACAGCCCCAAGAAGGUACAUUUCCAGUAUCUACAAGUACGAUGAAGGCAAAGAGAAAUGGACUCUUGCUGGGAAGAUGAGUAUACCUAUGGAUGCAACUGCACUGAUCACCAAGGGGGACAAGACUAUUUACAUUGUGACAGGGAGAUGUCUGGUAAAUGGGCGCUUCUCACGAGUAGGUGUGCUGGACUGCUUUGACACGGAGACCCGGAAUGUGGUCCAGUAUAUCACUUUUCCCAUUCAGUUCAACCAUAAGCCCUUGUUGUCUUUUCCACAUGAGAACAUUUUGAGUAUACAGAGCCACAAAGAGAGCAUGGAAAUAAAUCUGCAGAAGAUUAAAGUUAACAAAACCGCAAGCCUUGUGCCUCUGCUGCCACAUAACUAUAGUUUGGAUCUGUCACAUGCAGUGUGUUCUAUUGGGAAUAACAAAGUGUUUGUAUGUGGUGGACUUAUUUGUCCAGGUGACAAACGUCCAGAGGAGUAUUCUAUCAAUCGGCAAGCAUAUAUGUUAGACCAAAGCACUGGGGAAUGGAGGACUUUAGCUGAGCCUCCAGAAGCUCUUGAUUGUCCUGCUUGCUGCAUGGCUAAGUUGCCAUGCAAGGUCCUCCAAAAAACUGUAGUCAAUUAAUUUGUGAAACCAAAAUGAAACAACCUGUAGCAAUAAAGAAUGACUGAAAUGCAGUUUACAGAUACAUAGAUGGACACUUCCUUUUGUCCCUUUAUCAUGUACGUAAUUAGGAUGAGAUUAUAGGAGGGGGAUAUGGCAUUUAUCCAGGAUUAGAGGCACAAAAUAAUCUGCUAGAGAUAAUAUGCAAUACUAAUAUAGUAGUUAAUGUUUCAUUCUGUGAUUUUUAUGUUAAAUAUUUAAACAUAUUUUAAAACAGUGGAUAAAAACCUAGAUACCAGCUUGUUUAGACACAAGAGGCCAGGCUUCUCGCUUGACCUAUAACUGCAGCCUAGCAAGCAAAGCAUUGCAUAGUUCAUCUAAAACCCUGACUAUGUGAAAUUGUACAGCAGUAACCCAUGCACCUUUUUAUGCCCUAACCUUCGGGAAGAAUCCUAAGAUUUUGGACUUGUUGCAGUGGCAACUUCUAAAGUCCAGAAAUAUUCUUCACUAUUUUGUUACAGGUUCAAAAAGCAAUAAUAGUUAACUUCUAAAGGUGUUGUCAUUUAGAUUUACAUAUUCUCAAGUGCUAAGAAUCCUAUGUUCUGUGUGGAAAUAAAAAUGACCAUCGUCUCUUUUCCUAACAAGGAUUUAAAAGAAUGUAAUGUUAGGGGUUCUACCCAGUUAGCAGAGCUUUUCACAAAAAUAAUAAAAACCAACAGUGGGAAACAUUUAGCUAUCCAAUUUAGCUAUGCAGCUUCCAGUGUCCCAACCAACAUUGCCCUUGGUUAAAAAAUCCUGAGAGCUGAAUUCAGCAGCAUUUAAAAAGCUAUUCAUUUUUCAUCCUCGGUUAUGUCCCGCUCUCAAUUCUCUUUUUGUUACAAAAUAUAUGCAGUAUUUUUAAAUAACAGUAAAACCUGAGGUCAAUUUUCUUUAUCUAGAAAUCUCUUUUCCUGCACACAUUGCCUUUGCAACCAAUGAAAGGAAAACAAUUGGUUCAUAGUAAUUGUCUUCCACGAAGAGGAUUUGGAGCAUAAAGGAGCCAUUUUUUCAAGAAGAGUCACUUGGAAUUAAAGUUGUUGCUAUUGUUGCAGUAAAAUAAUUAUUGACAGUAGCAUUUAGUUGGUCCUCAGGUAAUAGCAGAGUAGACAAAUA